AUGGGAGUGUAUGAGGAGCGCGCCCCUCCUCCCAGCAGCAUGCACUGGCAGCCGCCCAGCUCGCAGGAGCGCGGCAGCGGCCCCGGCCGGGCGGGCAGCCCGACCGAGUCGGGCCCGGCCGCCUCCGACCGGGUGCGCGACCCGAGCCCCUGCCUGCCGGCGUCGACGGGCGACGCCGCCCGCCCGGCCACCUCGCCCACCCUGCCGACCCGGAGCCACGGGCAGAGCCUGCGGGCCCGCUGCUCCAACCCCUACGACUCGCCGGAAGGUGGUGGCGGCCCCGUCGAGUACCGCGCGGAGGCGACCUACCCGCGACCCUACCGGCAGGCCCAGGCGCGCCGCUUCGGGGACGAGGAGGAGCUGUCGGGGCCCGAGGACCUGCACGCCGUCCACGCCGUCCACGCCGUCCACGCCGUCCACGCGGUCCACGCGGUCCACGCGGUGCACGCGGUGCACGCGGUGCACACGGUGCACGCCGUGCCGAAGCUGGAGCCUCCGCCGACGCCGCCCUCCUCGCGGGACGACGCCUGCCCGCCGGGCGUCUUCUGCGCCGGCUGCGGCCUCCGCAUCUCCGACCGCUUCUACCUGCAGGCCGUCGACCGGCGGUGGCACGCCACGUGCCUGCAGUGCUCGCACUGCCGCCAGGGCCUCGACGGCGAGAUCACCUGCUUCAGCCGGGACGGCAACAUCUACUGCAAGCGGGACUACUACAGGAUGUUCGGCGGCGCGAAGCGCUGCGCCCGCUGCCAGGCGGCCAUCCUCGCCUCGGAGCUGGUGAUGCGCGCCCGGGAUCUGGUCUUCCACGUGCGCUGCUUCUCCUGCGCGGCCUGCGCCGUCCCGCUGACCAAGGGCGACCACUUCGGAAUGCGCGACGGGACGGUGCUCUGUCGGCUGCACUACGAGCUCGGCGCCGAGCUGCACCCGACGCAGAGUCCGCCGCUGCCCGCCUUCCCGCCCGGGCCGCCCUACCUGGGCCAGCCCUUCCCGCCCGGCGAGUUCCUGCACCGGCACCUCCACCAGCACCUGCACCAGCACCUCCAGCAGGCGCGCGCCGGCCCCGCCGGCCCCGCCGGCCCCGCCGGCCCCGCGGCGCUCCCCGGCGCCCCCGGUGCCCCCGCCGGCCCCGAGGUCGGCUCGCCCCCCAAGGGGGGACCCUACUUCAACGGCGCGCCCGCCGCGCCGCCGCCGCCGCGGCAGAAGGGCCGGCCCCGGAAGCGGAAGCCCAAGGACCUGGAGGCCAUGACGGCCAGCCUGGACUUAAACGCGGAUUACAUAGACCUGCCCUUCGGAAGAGGCGGCCCCGGAACCCCGGGCAUGCCGGGAUCCAACAGCCGGACAAAGCGGAUGAGGACGAGUUUCAAGCACCACCAGUUGAGGACCAUGAAGAGCUACUUCGCCGUCAAUCACAAUCCUGACGCUAAGGACCUCAAACAGCUUUCCCAAAAGACCGGCCUGCCCAAGAGGGUGCUGCAGGUCUGGUUCCAGAACGCCAGGGCGAAGUGGCGGCGCAUGGUGCUGAAGCAGGAGGGCAAGGCGGACAAGUGCGGCGGCGGCGGCGGCGGCGGUGGCGGAAGCGGCGGCGGGAUGGACGGCGGCUCCCUGGCCGAGCUGGAGCUCUACGGGACCAACUCCGGGGCCUCCGGCCCCCCGAUGAGUCCUCCCUUCGGGCUGGCCGGCCCCCACAGCCCGGCCUCCCUCGGCUCCCUCGACUGCUCGUAA